GAAGGAGGGAGGCAGAGACGCCGUGCCUGGGGGCCCAGGGCCUGCGCCGGCCGGAGGGAGACGGAUGUGCCGCCUCCGUGCGCUCCUCGUCAGACGGCGGCGGUUACUGCUUCCGAGGUCAAACGAACCCGGACGCGUCUAUAGGGUGCAGACCCGGCGCGCGCCUGAGGGAGCGGAAGACCAACCAGCGCCCCAGCCUGGGGGGAAUGACUCCCCUCGGCCCUCACCCCGCGCUCCGCCAGCAUUUCUUUACGUCCGUGCUCCGCUUGCGCGCCGGGCCGAGAGCCGAAGCCGCGGGGCCUCCCUUCCGGCCGCUGUCCAGCACUCGCAGCCGGAGCCGGGGCUGCCGCGGCGCCACGACACCCGCCCCCUCCCCCAGCAAGCGGCCCCGGCCUGCGGAGGACGGCAUGCGGCUUCGCUUCGUCCGGCUCUCCGAGCACGCCACCGCCCCGACCAAGGGGUCCGCGCGGGCUGCGGGCUACGACUUGUACAGUGCCUAUGAUUAUACGCUGCCACCUAUGGAGAAGGCCCUUGUGAAAACGGACAUUCAGGUAGCUCUUCCUUCUGGGUGCUAUGGAAGAGUAGCUCCCCGUUCUGGCUUGGCUGCAAAACACUUCAUCGAUGUAGGAGCUGGCGUCAUAGAUGAAGAUUAUAGAGGAAAUGUGGGUGUCGUGCUAUUUAAUUUUGGCAAAGAAAAGUUUGAAGUCAAAAAGGGAGAUCGGAUCGCACAGCUCAUUUGUGAACGGAUUUUUUAUCCAGAAAUAGAGGAAGUUCAGGUUUUAGAUGACACUGAAAGGGGUUCAGGAGGUUUUGGUUCCACUGGGAAGAAUUAAGUUAUGCCAAGAAUAGAAAAUGAGAAAACAUACUGUUUCUUAGAAAUAAAGAGUUUUUGCUUAAAGUGUUUUGGUGUUUUGCACAUCUGUAAACAUAAUAGCUUUAGUUUCUAAAACUGGUUCUCUUAGGAAUUAGGAAAAGAUGCCUCUGUUGGGGGGGGUCCCCUAAAACCUGACAUGCUUAUGUUUUUACACAUCUGAUUAUUGUAUAAAUCUGUGUGGUGAGCUAAUACAAACUGUUUUUAUUUUUUUAAUUGGAUGUAUAUCGAUUACAGACCCAAAAAACCCUGUAUUACUUAAUUCACUAAAUGCUUUCUCUUCAACUUAUUUAGUUGCUUUGUGAAUCAUAAGCAGUGCCUUUCAUUCAACGAAUUUGAAUUCUUUCACAGAUACAAAUUAUUGUAUGAAGUGAACUAAAAAGAUAAUAAAAAGAAGUUGAAGUUA